CUGGACAUGCAAACACUCAUCCUUAACUUUUAGAGAACUCUGCAUUUAACUCCUCAGUUCUGAGCAAUGGCAGAUAAGGAGCUCGCCAGAGUGCGCACCAAUUUUGUGGCAAAGGUGUCAAAAGCUGUAAUCAAGCAGCUCCUGGACGAUCUUUUGGAGGAUUGUUUGCUGAAUGAUGAGGAGGUAGAUUCUGUGCUCGAGGACAACACUGGCAGGGCAGACAUGGCUCGCUGCCUCAUCGACAAAGUAAAAAGAAAGGGGGACAAAGCCAGCAGGAAGAUGAUUGAGCACAUUGAACUAAGAGAUAUUUUACUUUACACUGAACUUGAGCUGUCCUCUGGUCCAAAACCAGUUGCAGCUCCUAAGAAGCAGAAAACCUGGUCAGACAAACUGAAUGAUUCAGAUAUAUACAAGGUGUCCAAAACUUCCCUAAAAAGUCGUGUUGCUCUCUUAAUCAGUAAUAUAAAUUUUACUGACAAUAACUUAACCAGAAAGGGAGCGGAGAAAGAUGAGGAGAACAUGGAGGAACUUCUCAGUUCCCUGCAAUAUGAGGUGGUGAAACACAAUGACCUUACUGCAAAGAAUAUAGAAAAGGCUCUGCAUGAAUUUACCGCACAUCCCAAACUAAAAGACACAGACAGCGUGUUUGUGGUGAUCAUUUCCCACGGGAAAAGAGAAGUCAUCCUUGGAGUCGAUCACAGAAAGGAUAAACCGGACGAAUUCCCUGUCGACAAAAUCUACAAAUAUCUAGGUCCACAAAAAUGCUCUGCACUGAUGGACAAACCCAAGAUCAUCAUCAUCCAGGCCUCCAGAGGAGCUAUGGGUGGAGCUGUGAUUGUUAGCGACAGCGUCGAAGCCGAGGUGGUGUCUGAUGAGGAACGGCAGGCGCCAUCCCCUCGAGCAGGCCAAAUUGUUAAGAACUCCUUGCGAUAUGUUCACAGAGAAAAGGAUUUCAUUUCACUCCUGUCAAGCACGCCUGAUACCGUCUCAUACAGAAGAGAGGAUCUGGGCUCCUUCCUCAUACAGUACAUCGCUGAAGUCUUCAACACUUGCUCCCAUGAGGAUGAUAUUGAUGAACUUUUCAGAAAAGUCAUGCAACGCUUCGAAGAGUUUCCUGAUGAAACCAAAAGACAAAUGCCAACAAAGGACAGAUGCACCCUAACCAGGCGCUUCUAUCUUUUCUCAGGCCACUGAGACAGAAACGUUUGGUAACUUUUGAGCUGACAAUGCUAUCCUUUCUGUCAUUUUUUUAAAUGUACACACAUGCUCUGUUUGUGAUUUUAAUAGUGGCCUUUAGGCAAAAUGAUUUGUACUCAGACCCUUAACCAAGCCCCCAUUCAUCAAGGAAAUUAGGAACUUUUUUUUGAAGUGCAUAAACCCUUUAUAGCUUGAUACAGGUAAUUGCGAGGAAACUUCACAUCUAAACAAAGGAAAACCUUUUGGCUGUUUUAAAAAAAUAAAAAGUCAGGCUUUCAAAUUUACUUUGUAUGACAAUUGAUACAUUAGACCAAAGAAUAUAUUUUCUUCAUGUUUUCUGUAUUUAUAUAUAGGGUGUAUAAAAAUAUGUUCAUUUGUAUGUUGUAAAUUGAAUGUUUAGGAAAAUACUGCAUUUGGUGAAGAGGUAGAGAUCUCAGAAAUAUUUGUAUCAGAAAUUCUAUAUUUGGAGUCAUAGGGAUGUGAGAAAAAAUAUUAAAACAUUCCAAGACAUUCCUGGACUUUACCUGGAACAGAUUAAUGUUGAUCUUGGACCUUUAAGAAACUAAGAGAAAAAGGUAUUCACAGGAAAUACUAUUUGUCAAAUGUAAUAUGAAUCACAUGUAUUUCCAUGGGUAUGUUUUGAGUCUGAAUCUUCUUUCUUUGCAUUUCAAGGGUAAUGCCUGUGUGACAUGGAUGUGAAAGAAAAUCCUGUUGGUUGA